AUGACCGUGGGACGAAAUGGAGCUCCGACGACGGCCGUUCGAUGUCCGACCGGCGAAAGUGCUUCUGGUGACCACAUCGUGUUCGAGCUGCUGCUGGAGAGGAGCUUCUCUUUCUUGUCGUUCCACCACCGAAGCCUUUCUUUGUCUUCGUCCAACCACCUGAGCUCCGACGACGGCAGUACGAUGGCGGUUCUUCCUCAUCAGCUUCCAAACUCCACAGAUCGAACAUGCAAUAAUCUGAAGCCAAGUUAUUGGAUCGCUUCCGCCGCAGUUAACUUCGAGGAGCGCUUUGAUGGUUUCCAGACCAGUGAGGACUACAGAUUCCAGGCUAUUUCAGCUGAGUUCCCUGAGUUUAGUAACAAGGACAAAACCUUAGUCUUCCAGUUCUCAGUCAAGCACGAGCAAAAGCUUGACUGUGGUGGCGGCUACAUGAAGCUUCUGAGUGGGGAUGUUGACCAGAAGAAGUUUGGUGGCGACACUCCAUACAGCAUCAUGUUUGGUCCAGAUAUCUGUGGCUACAGCACGAAGAAAGUGCAUGCUAUCCUUACCUACAAUGACGCCAACCACCUGAUCAAGAAGGAUGUUCCGUGUGAAACUGACCAGCUCACCCAUACGAUGACGGAUACGAUGAUAUCCCAAAGGAAAUACCAGAUACCGAUGCAAAGAAGCAUUAAUAUCUCGUUUGUAGAAUUAUGGAUGGGAGAAGAGAUGGGUUAAAUCUGAGUGGAAGCUUGACUACGGUGGCGGCUAUAUGAAAGCUUCUCAGUGGUGAUGUUAACCAGAAGAAAUUUGGUGGUGACACUCCAUAUGUUUAAGUAUGUUGGAAUCGAAUUGUGGCAGGUAAUAAAUCUUGUCACUGUGACAUUUUGUCUUCCAAGAUCUGUUUUGAGCCCAUGACUGUUGAUAUGUCUCAUGAAUCGUCUCUGAUUUGCCUUUUCUUUUUGUUUGUGUUUUGUGAAUGAAUAUGUGCUGUCCCGAGCUGUUGGAGUGAUGGCGAACAAGGAGGCGUGAGGACAUCAGCUUGCCAGCCUUUCAUUCCGAUUGAGCAGCUUCAGGACCUUAGGAAGAAGCGGACAGACUGUGUGAGACACUGUAUUAUCCACUAUUCCGCGGGAUGGCCCGCGAAGGCUUGCUAGGAAUGCGGUACGGGAUUGGGUAGCUAUAUUGAAGACCGCAUCCCGCGCGGGACAGGCCCGCCGUGUACCUCCAGAAGACGAAUCCGCAGCGGUUCGGGACGGGACGGGACGGGAGAACCCAAUUGCCAUCUCUAACAAACUAAUAAGGUGCCUUCUAGGUUUUGGAAGGGAUAGAUAAGGU